AUGGAAAAGGAACACACAGUCACAAGCUUCCACUACAACCACAACUCAAAACAAUUCACACAGAAAUCCACAACCCGCAACCUCAACCACAACGACAUCCUAAUCAAAACAACCCACUCCGGAAUAUGCUACACCGACGUCCACGCCAAACAAAUGAACAAAGGCAUCUGCCUCGGCCACGAAGGCGUCGGAACCAUCACAGCCACAGGUCCAGCCGUGACACAUCUCAAAACAGGCGAUCGAGUAGGCUGGGGCUGGCUCCGCCAAUCUUGCAGCCACUGCACCACCUGCACCCAAGGUUACCGCCAGUACUGCGCUGCAGCGCGUGGAUUUGCGUUCUGUGAUGAGGAUCAGGGCGCGUUUGGGGAUUGGCAUGUUAUUGAUGCGGAGUUUGCGUAUUUGAUUCCCGAGAGUAUUGAGAGUAAAUUUGCGGCGCCGUUGAUGUGUGCGGGCGCUUCUGUGUUUGAGGCUCUUGAUGCUGCGGGGACGAAGCCGAGGUUGGGGCAUUUGGCGGUGAUGUUUGCGAGGGCUAUGGGGUGUGGUGUGACGGCUUUGACGGGGUCGAAGGGGAGGAAGAGGGAUGAUGCGGAGAGGUUGGGGGCUGAUGAGGUGCUGGAUCUUUCUGCUCUUCCAUCAUCGCCCGCGGGUGAGAUCGAUGUGCUCCUUGUUACCUCGAAUGCUGUUCCCAGUCUGGAAUCUCUGCUUCCACUGCUAGCGAGGAGAGCGACGAUUGUGCUUAUGACGAUUCAACAGGAUUCUCUCGAAAUCCCUUACAUGCCGUUCAUACUCCCCGGCCAUCAACUCAUAGCCUCGACGGAGGCGAGUCGGGAGAACCAUAUCAAGAUGCUAGACUUUGCGAGUAGACAUGGGAUCAAGCCUUGGGUCGAGGAGUUCGAGAUGACGGCUGAGGGUCUCAGCGAAGCGUUUGCGAGACUUGAGGAUGGGAAGGUGCGGUAUAGAGCUGUCGCGGUGAGGGCGGAGUAUAUUGAAUGA